GUUUUGAGGAACCAGAUGAAAACAUGCGAAUAACAACUAUUUCAAAACUUAUUACUUCACUUCCUGAAAGGAAUUAUGAAACCUUAAAUGCCUUUAUAUCCCAUUUACACAGUCUUAUAGCAUCAACAGAUGCAGAUGAUGACUAUAUUACGACGCUUGCACAAAUUUAUGGAUAUAUUCUAUUAUACCCGGAUCCGCCAAAGAGUGAGAAGGACGAGGAAAAUGUGGAAAUAGUAUAUCUUAACGAUAGGCAUCCAUAUCGUCUAGUCAAAGAUUUAAUAAUUCAUCAUGAUAAAAUUUUUAAAUCUCAAAAUACCACUUCAAAUAUUAUUGCUGAAGUUAUGCGACGUUCUGAAAGCCGUGAAUCAAUUUAUUCAGCCAGAUCAAGUCGUUCUAAUCGUUCUAAUACCAGAGAUAGUAGUUUCAGAGACAGUGUCACAACAAAUUCUAUUACAAACUCAAUGAUGAUUGUUGAAGAAGAAGAUAAAGAAAGUGAAAUAAAUGAAGAGUAUGAAAUUCCAGUUGAUGAUAGAAUAUCUGAAGUUGUCGAUGUGACAAGAAGCAGAGGUGAUUCUUUGAACUAUAGUGCAGAACAUUCAGCAAUAUUACGUGACAAAUUAUCUAGGCUUAGUUCAUCAGAAAGCAUUGAAUUUUCAAGACCAUUUACACCACAAAGCCCAAUAUUUCGGCCUAUAGGACCCCGUCCAAACCCAUCAAAAGAAGAUAAUAACAGUGGGACAAGUUCACCAAAAGAAGGUUACAAUGUUGCUAACAGCCUGAACCGUCGACGAGGAAUAAGAAGAUAUAGCCGUAUUGCAUCACCUUCAGGUAAAUCACGAGAUCAAAGUAGUAGUUCUGAAAGAGAACCAAUUAAACCCCAACCAAUUGACGAUGAUGAGAAUGGAUCGGAUUCAAGUUCCAACUUAUCAUCACCUGAAUCACCAGCUCUUCGGUUUAAUACAAGAUCACAUUCUCCCUAA